AUGCAGACGCUCGAAAGCAUGGAGCAGCUGCUGCUCGCGACGGUCAAGCGUCUCGAGGACCUCGAACGCAGCGCAGUGCGGAUUACUCCAACGCCCGCCUUCCAGGGCGCCUGCGUCGACAUUCGCUGCAGCCGUGGAUCGUCUGCUUUAAAUCACAAUGGAUGCCCGUCAUUGUCGCCGCCGUCGUCGUCGCGAGAGGAUGUCAAGGGCAUUAUCGCACGCACGAUCCACAACGACGAGAAGGACAGGUCGACAAAGCUCAGCAAAGCUGUCUUGGCCUUUGCGACCGUUGUCAGGCAGCACGAGGACGACCUGCCAAAAUGGCUGUGUGUGGCCGUCUCAGCGCUGGCCGAGACUGCAACGGAGACAAACGAAUACGCGCUGCGCGACGACGAUGACGACGGUGCUCCUUCCCUCUCGCCAGCUGUAAGGUCCAAAAUGGGCGAGGAUGCGGCCGAUGACGAGAAAGCGCCAUGUUCAAGACGAAGCUCCGUGUCGGCCUUGACGACCUCACCGGCCACACCAACAGCCAUACCAGAGGCGACACCGAUGGAGAAAGCGGGGGCGUGGUGCGAAGAAGAGGUCAAGACCUUGAACAGAGGGCCGAUGAUAGAGACCUUCGACCGUCAGCACGAGAUUGAACCUCAAGAUAUCCCCCAUUCAGCGCUGGACGAGAGGCAGACGUGCCAUUUCGAUGUAGAAAAAGCGAUGACUGGGAUAGAAUCACACGAAGAUCCGUCGUCGUCAGACUCCGAGGACGACAUGCCUCUCGCCUGGCACGGCCGCCGACCAGAUGGCUUUCCGAAAACCCGCAAAGCUCAAGACACGCAGGCCCAGGCACCCACUCCUUCGCCCCUCCUUCGAGAAGGAGAAGAAGUGGAUGAGAGGCAACUCAAUCGAGUACAUUUGGAGCCAGGAGAAGGAGGAAAGAGCACACAGCAGGAUGCCGCGCUUGCAACAGAGCAGCUCGAAGAAGAAGCUCAUGGUUUAUCUCACGAUAUCAAAGCGAGCGCAACGGGGCAGGUCGACGAGGAAACAGACCAAGAAGAGAACGAGGAACCUGCAGAGGCGGCCAGCAAAAGUCGCUUUAGACAAGAUGAGCCGCCAGCCACUCGACCAGCACAGAACGAGGACAAUGAGCAGCUGGAAGAGGCGGGGGAGGCGGAAGAGGAGGAAGAGGAAAGGGAGUACCUCCCUUCUUCACCCCAACUACCCGUAAAUGAUGGCGGCGCAGUACAACCAUCGUCGCUCGACAGUGCUGGAGACGGAAAGCGUUUGAUUUUCCACAAUUUCAUCAAGGACCUCCCCAUUGACGCCUACAUUGGCUCGUGCGCUAUGCCGUUGCGUUUGACCCUUGGUGAGCGCAACUUCAAAGGGAAACUGCCCUUGACUGUAUUCGCCAAAGCCAUUGAGCCACUGGCAGAGGAGUGCAAUCUCGUCCGCAAGGGGAAUGGCCACUGGGACUGGUGCGAGUUCGAUGUCACCUUUCGAGGUACCUCCUCGGUCGAUGGUUCGCCUCAAACGUUCACAAAGCGGCUCCACUUUCUCAUCUACCCUGAUGAACACUGUGUAAACGGCUUUUGCCUCGGCGACCAAUGGUACCCCAGAGGAUACCAUUACGAGGCUUCUGGCGGCCACGUACAGUUCAAGACGCAUGCCAGCACCCUGAUUCCCAUCCGGCCCAAUCUGUCCUCAUUUGACAUAUGGGGCAACGACUAUGCAACGGCCGCCCUUCUUUCACCGCGGGCCCCUCCAAGCCAUACCGUCAAAGACGCAAAGGGAGAGGCUAAAUCAGCAGAGACUGACAGUGAAGGGCCGUUGUUCCGCAACUUCAGCGGCGACCAGCCCGUGGAUGUAUUCAUCGGCUCGUGUCCCGUCGCACUGCGCCUUUGCAUCAACAGGUUAGCCAGUCGGAGCGCCGUAGCAUUAAGCAUUUUUGAACGUGUUAUUCAACGCUUCUGCCCAGGAUGCAUCGGAGCGGUGGGAGAAGAGGUUGGUGUCGAUGUGACAUUUAUUGGCAUGCAGCGUGCUUUGUCGACGGGAAUCAAGGUCCAAGAGGUCUCCUUCACGAAAUACCUCGUCUUCAAGGUCCUUCCUGAUAGUUGCGUCAGGAACGGCUUUGUACUUGGCUCCGACAUGAGGUAUGGAGACAACGCCCUGGCCGUCGUUUUUGAGGCAGGUCAAUUCAGCAUUUCGUUUGCGUCGAGGAAAGACGUCUUCGUCCCGGUCCUCCCAUUGUGCUACACCUUACAACCAUGGGGAGGCGCAAGGAUGGGGCAAGUUUUUGAUCAGCCACAACAACCGGUAUCGGAUACUCGACGAGACGAAUAUCAGCAAAGCUCGCAGUGCGUCACAUCGGCAGAGGGCCCAAAGCCGGCGAUGCUUGCAUGCAGAAGCGAACUAGCUCGAGCUCCUUGGACGCCGGCUCCCGAUCGACGUCGGUAUUACUACGCCUCUACUUCUCCAACUCCCGAAAGACCUCGUCAACAUGAGGAGCAAAAGGCUACGCCACGCAGACAAGGCUUUCCGAGGCCCGACCGUGAGGCUCAACCUCGUUCUCAACAUGUCUCGCCCCAGGUCCAAUGGAACCCUGCAAGCAAACACGACAGGAAUUGUGCUGUCUCUGGAUCCUCCUCACCUCUUCUUCGUACCUCUGAGGAGCUGUAUCAGCCAUACAAGCGAGGUCACGAGAGCAGCAGCGACUGGGGAACGUUCUAUUCCGAUGGCCGAGGCCCAUUGUAUCACCGCCCAUACGAUGACCCUCGCAUCAAGAGGCCUCGACAACGGUACUGA